UGGCGACCACGACAAUUACGACUGUAGAAACGACGACUGCACGACCGCCUAUCGUGUCCUUCGUACAGCAGCAAGCCGGACUGCUCGUGACCAAGGAAUUGGAGAAGGCGAUCCAAGAUUGCAAAGCCAAAGUCGAACGGAUCGCGAAGGAUUGUCGCGCGAAGAACAGAAAGUUCAGGGACAUCGAAUUUGACCUCGAGAAUGACAAGAACAGGUGCCUGUACGGUUUGUUCACCCAAACCGGAGAGAGCCACUCACCUGCGGACGUCCAUCGUGUGACGCAAAUAUUCGACAAUCCCCAGUUCUUCGUCAACGGGGCAGCCAGUUCUAACGACAUUAUCCAAGGCGCGCUCGGGGACUGCUGGUUCCUCUCUGCUCUCGCCACUGUUUCCACAGCGCCGGGGUUGGUGGAGAAAUUUUGUGUCGCGGGAGACGAGAAAGUCGGCGUGUACGGGUUCAUCUUCUUUAGAGACAACGCCUGGGUGACAGUUAUCAUCGACGAGAUGCUGUAUACACGUGUCCCGAAAUAUGAAGAGCUCAAGUCGAGCGAGCAGGAGCUGUACCACUUCGACAAGGACACAUACAACAAAGCCGCGAGGAAAGGCGGCAAGUCUCUGUACUUUGCGAAGUCCGGGACGGCCGGGGAAACCUGGGUCCCUCUUAUCGAGAAAGCGUAUGCAAAGCUGCAUGGGAACUACUCACACAUCCUCGGCGGACAGGAGUGCGACGCGAUCGAGGACUUGACCGGGGGCGUUUCAACGGUGUUGCAGAGCAAGGACAUCCUUGAUAUAGAUCGGUUUUGGGACGAAGAGCUCAGUCGAGCGAACAAGGACCGUCUCUUUGGAUGCUCGUUUAAUAACCUGGAUAGCACGCGGAGCGGUGUCACCGGCGCUAAAGUGCAAGGUCUGAUCGGAAACCAUGCAUAUUCCGUUCUGCGCGCGGUGUUUUGCAAGGAUAAACGAUUUGUCGUCGUUCGCAAUCCUUGGGGCAAGUCGGAGUGGACUGGAAGGUGGUCCGAUGGCUCGAAAGAGUGGACGCAAGAGUGGUUAGAGGCUCUACCUGAUCUUGGACACCAAUUCGGAGACGAUGGGCAAUUCGUCAUGGAGUGCUCCGACUUCUUGGAAUGUUUCGCGCAAAUCGACCGAACCAUCCUGUUCGACGAGAGUUGGAGGAUGUCUUCGCAAUGGUUAAACGUUACCGUGCCUCCGCUACCGACUGCCUGGUCAUAUGGAGAUGUUUCAUGCACUUUCUCGGUUCCUGGGCCCACAAGUGCUGUCAUCGUUCUGUCCCAAGUGGAUUCUCGGUAUUAUCGGGACAUCGCGGGCCGCGCUUCGUGGACGAUGGAUUUCAGUCUCGUAAAGGCUGGGACAAAAGAACCGAUCGCCGAGUCGGCCCAUUCAGAUUUCUUCCUCCGGAGUGUUCACCUUGAGGUUGAGCUGGAGAAGGGCGACUAUUUCGUCUACGUUCGUCUAGAUCGCUCACUCGACCGUAACGAAGAUAGUGACAAGAUCGACGAGUGGCAGUUGCGUAAGCUCUCAAGGAUUAUGACUGAACGAGCGAAAAGUCAGUCCAUUGCAACGAGCUUCAAAGCAGAGCUAUCUGAACAUCACCUCCCUGUCUCUCUCGACAGCCUCAUCGAAAAAGAUUUCAAGGAAUUCGAGAAGAAGAAGAAGGCAGAAGGAGAAAUCACCACUACGACUGUGGAGCAAGUCACUGAAGACGGAACCGUCACUACCACUACCACCACGACUACUACGAAGGUCGAAACGGUCGUGAUCACGAAUAAGAAAGUGCCUGCUACUUCAACGACUGAACCUACUGGUGACAAGCACGACCAUACUGUCACCUCGCCGACCAAGUUUGAUGGACCUAGCGAGCCCAGCGCACCUAGUGGUACUGUAACGCCUGCAGCGCCAAACGUAUCCUCCGACGAUCCCAAUACUUCGGACAGCAUGAGUGACCGCCAGCGAGCAUCUCACGACAGGUUGGCCAGACCCCGAUAUGGAGACGAACCCGGUACAUCUGGCGAUGACAUGAAAGGAAAGGUGACUAUCCCGCACGAUGAUCCAAAUUCCGUGUAUGUGGGAUUGAGGGUUUACACGCACAAAGAUAUCCCUGCGAACAUCGUAGGUCGUCUCAAGUCAGGUGUCGUUGCUCUCCCACCAACCGCCACUUCUCUGCCGCCAAGCUAGA